AUGUCCGUCGAAGGCGUCCGCGUGCUUGGCAAGAUCGAGGGUGAGCAAGCCUCGAUCCUCACUCCCGAGGCUCUUCGCUUCCUCGCUGUGCUCCACCGAUCCUUUGAGAGCACUAGGCAGUCGCUCCUCAAGGCUCGUCAGCUGCGACAGGCGAGAUUCGAUGGUGGAGCCCUUCCCGACUUCCUUCCCGAGACCGCACACAUCCGCAACAACGCCACCUGGCAAUGUGCUCCCCCUGCACCUGGCCUGCGUGAUCGACGUGUCGAGAUCACAGGUCCUGUCGACAAGAAGAUGGUGAUUAACGCCCUCAACUCGGGUGCGUACACCUACAUGGCCGACUUUGAGGACUCUACUUCGCCCACCUGGGCCAACCUCAUGGACGGACAGGUUAACAUGCGUGCCGCCAUCAACCGCACCAUCGACUUUAAGCAGAGCAAUGGCAAGGAGUACAAGCUCAAGCCCCCUGGCAGACCGCCGUGUGCUCGUCCGCCGCGUGGCUGGGCAUCUCACGAGGUCGACGGUAAGCCCAUGUCUGGCUCGCUGGUGACUUUUGGUCUCUACUUUUUCCACAAUGCGCAUGAGCUGGUCCGAUCGGGCUUCGGUCCUUACUUCUACCUGCCCAAGAUGGAGAGCCAUCUCGAGGCUCGCCUGUGGAACGACGUCUUCAACCUCUCGCAGGACUACAUCAAGAUGCCACGUGGUACUAUCCGAGGUACUGUCUUGAUCGAGACCAUUACUGCCGCUUUUGAGAUGGACGAGAUCCUGUACGAGUUGCGCCAACACUCUUCGGGUCUCAACUGCGGUCGAUGGGACUACAUCUUUUCGUUCAUCAAGCGCCAGCGUUACACGAACGGCUCGAUCCUGCCCGAUCGUUCGGCGGUGACCAUGACGGUGCCCUUCAUGCAGGCCUAUGUCAAUUUGCUGAUUCAGACUUGCCACAAGCGCGGUGUUGCCGCGAUUGGUGGUAUGGCUGCUCAGAUCCCCAUCAAGGACAACCCGCAGGCCAACGAGGCAGCCAUGGAAAAGGUGCGUGCGGACAAGCUUCGCGAGGUGCAGGCUGGUCACGACGGCACUUGGGUUGCCCACCCUGCGCUUGUCAAGAUUGCGCUUGAGAUCUUUGACAAGCACAUGCUCGGACCUAACCAGUACCACGUGCGUCGCGAGGAGGUCAAGGUUUCGGCUCUGGAUCUGCUCAACUCGAACGUUCCCGGUCAGAUUACGGAAGCCGGCGUGCGUGCCAACGUAGCUGCGUUGCUGGUGUACUGCGCCAACUGGCUGAACGGUCUUGGCUGUGUUCCAGUCGCUAACAUGAUGGAGGAUGCUGCUACGGGAGAGAUCUCGCGUCUCGGACUGUGGGCAUGGGUGUACCACAAGCAGAAGACUGCCGAGGGCAAUGCGAUCACGCCUGCGUACGUCGACCGCAUCCUUGACGAGGAGGCGGCCAAAGUGACCAAGAUCGGUGCUAGUGUCGAGAAGGCCAAGCGUUACAUUUCUGAGCAGGUUCGUGCCCCUGCGCCGGACGAGUUCCUUACUUCGGCUCUCUACUCGCACCUUCCUCACCAGCACGCGCCUGCGCGUAUCUGA